AUGGCAAUUUUUGAGUUCUUGCACAGGUCUGAGCGCCAAACACUUGCUCCUGGCAGGAUUGAAGAUGUAGCAGCCAGCUCGCGCUUUUGGGCUUCCAAAUGUGGAAUGGCUUUUCGCCGCCCAGUCAAAAAAACGACCUUGUGGAAAUCACCAAACAAUUUUGGUCUUGCUUUCAAUGCUCAAAUCAUCUCAAAGCUGAAGUGGGGAGUCACAACUUCAGCGUCCAGAUUGCGUGUGACUUGCAACGCCGAACAGAAAUGUGUGAGCUUGUCCAGACGAGAUCACUCGGCAAACCGGGCCAACCCACACCACGAGUUACAGCUCUUCCUCAUCUCAGACACGCCACGAGUGUGA